CACGUGUCAUACGUUCGCUGUAAAUAUGUAUAUAAUUUGGAAGCGAAGAAUCUGCCUCAUUUCACCCCGUGUUUUUUAAAAGUUUGGAACAUUUGAAAUUUGCGAAGAAUUUGCCUUCUUUGUUUCCAAUAUUUUUUUUUGCAACGUUUCUUUUAUUUGGGUUUAUGGCGGUCAAGAGAUUUUCCUGCACACAUUGGAACAAGCUUGAAUCGUUAGAAGUUGGAGUAUCUCUUAAAAUUGUUUCACAAUAUUUAACAGGACGCUCGCUUGGAGAAGUAAAGCAUGCUUGAUAUGAUGAAUUUCUCUGAUGCUUUACAUCAGCUAAGCUAAUCGUAGAGGAUGAAAACCUUCAAUGAUGAGAAGGGUUGGAUGAAAACCCGACUCUUCCUAACAGUGGAUUUGUGAUGGAGUCUACAGUUGUGCCAAAUUUGUGAAGUCUUCGACGGAGACAAAUUCUGUACAGGCCAGUUCAUCAUUUGCUGAUGUAACAAUUAAGAAGCAAGCCCUUGCAUGGUGUUCUCACAGCAUACAUUGCUUCGAAAAGCUCAAACAGAUUGAAGAAGGCACAUACGGAUACGGUAGCUCAAGGCCGUUACCAGACUCUAUACGUCACCAGCUUCAUCCACAACUACCGACAUGAGCUCGCUAGAUACCCUGCUUUGACUACAGGCAACCCACAUGGUCAUAAUUAACUUGAUCAUCGACAUUACUACAACGUUCCUUGAUGCUAGUUGAGGCCUAAAGCAUAUAUUGAUGCAGAAUCCCUUCCUCGGGUAUAACUACCACUAGUUUUCAAGCUGCAGUUGAUAAGAACGUUUGAGAGAGAAAAGUGAUACUAAUAUAAAGAAGUCACUGGGCUUCCAUUGCAUUAUUUAAAAGGUACACAGCAACUGCAAGCAAUAUACAAUAUUAGUAGCAUUCGUGCUUGAAGAAAUAAUUUUGAACACAUCUUUGGCUGUAGGUACACAACAAGUACAACCAAUAUACAAUAUUAGUAGGAUUCAUGCUUGAGGAAAUACUUUUUGAACACAUAUCUUUGGCUAUAGAUAGCAUUCAGGAAACAAAUCAUGCAUAGCAAUAUACAACACUGUUGCUCCACCAAUAGUUCUGAUUCUAUCUGGCCACAGGGACUCUAGCUCUCGCAGAGCUCUUGUUAAUAUUGUGGUUCUUUUAGCAAGCGAUUCAAAUAUUGUAAGGGCUGCGGCUAUUCUGGUGAUUAUCGAGCCAUAAAUAUUUGUUCUGCUGUCUUCAUCUUCAAGUAGUGUGUGGCGAGGGCUUUUCCUUCUAUCGCAGCAUCCAUAGUUGGGGAAACUCUCCAGUGACAGUAGCCAGUAAAUUGCGUUGAGGCACGAGGGGUUUGGCAGUGAUUAGAGAAGUCUGAAAAUGACUCAGAACCGAGCUUGAGGUAUUACCAGAACUACCGGGUGUGUUUGAAGAUCAUCAAAGUCAGAGAACAAUCGUGCUGUUUGCUGAAGCGCUUUUCAACGCUGAAGCAAAACUACAUCUUGAAACUCUUUGGCCAAGCAAAAGGUUCAGUCCUCUUAUGGAUUAAAAAAUCAGAAGUAUUUAUUCAAAAAUAUUUGUGGAAAAAUGGCGGCAACUCCAGUUCCCCCACCUGGGGGAAUGAUGAUGGGAAUGGAAGGAAUGCAGCCUCCUCCUCCUCCCGGCACUGAUAUGACUGGCAUCUGCUUCAGAGAUCAGAUCUGGCUCAAUGCUGUCCCCCUUGAUCGAAAUUUUGUCUUUGAUUAUUUUGCACUCUCUCCCUUCUACGAUUGGACAUGCAACAACGAGCAGCUGCGCAGGCGCUCCAUUCACCCUCUAGACAUGUCGCAUCUUUCGAAAAUGACUGGAAUUGAAUUUGUGUUGAAUGAAGUUUUGGAGCCUCACCUAUUUGUUUUCCGGAAGCAAAAACGUGAUGGGCCAGAGAAAAUCACUCCCAUGCUAACAUAUUACGUCUUGGAUGGUUCUAUCUACCAGGCACCUCAGCUUUGUAGUAUCUUUGCAUCUCGAAUGGUACGAGCUCUAUAUCAUAUAUCAAAAUCAUUCAGAAUUGCUUCCUCAAAGCUAGAGAAGAUUGGUUAUGAUACUGAGGGUGACAAUGUGAAACCUGAUGCAAAAUCUGGAGUUGAGAGUGUUGACUUUAAAGAAAUAAAGCGGGUUGAUCAUAUUCUUGCAACUUUGCAACGCAAGCUACCACCAGCUCCUCCACCACCUCCAUUUCCUGAAGGCUUUGCAGCACCCUCUGAUACAGCUCAAGGACAGGAUGGCCAGGCACAAGAUGAACAUAUAGAUCCUAUAUUUGAUCAAGGACCACCAGGAAAAAGGCCAAAAAUAGAGAAAUGAUAUGGAUCGGAUUUUGUUUCUUGAUUUUGUAAGAUUGCAUGCCAAAAAUGUAGUAAAAUGAUGUUUUCACCCGGGUUUCUUAAGUUUCUAAGUUUGAUUAAAAAAUUAUCUUUAUUUGUUGUUGGUUCUUGUAACAUGCACUUAAAUAUCCUGAGAGUGAACGUUGGACGAUAUGUUUUUUUAAGCUCAAGUAGAUAUCAAGAAUAAUUACAUGGUUGUCUGUUGGAUGGCUGUAUGAUGAUGACAUUGUGAUUCCUCGUUGGUCAAGUGUUUCAUGGCUGGAGAAAAUUUGUUAAAUAGCUGGGUCAAAUUUAAAUUGAAAUAACCUUUAUUGUAUCAAAAGCUUAUGAUUUCAUAAAUCUUAUGUAGUUAUUGGACCUUUUCUCUUUA